UAAACGAAGUGAGUAGAGUGAAGACGACUGUCGAAAAAUUGAGUUCGCGUAGUGCAAUAGGAAAAAAAUCGAAAUUUUCAGCGUGAAUUAAUUGAAAUUGAACGAACGAAGUAAAAAAAAAAACAAUAAUAUAUCGAGUAAUAAAGUGUAUUAUUUGUAUUUGGAGCGGCGAAAAUGUAACCAACAAGUUGAAAAGAAUUUUUCAUUCUCGAUUGUAAAUUGAGGACGAUUAUGAUGAUGGAAAACUGAAAUAACUUGUGCUUAUUGUGUUUUUGAGUGUGUAUGGUGGCAGACUACGCCUUCUGUUGCUGCUUUUGUGUGAUUUUUCAUCGUCGUCGUCGUAGUCGUCGUACAAGAGUGUGCUGUACAGCGCCAUAUUAACUUUUACUUCUUCUAUGUUAAUGUUUUGAUAAAUCAUCUUCGGUUUAUUAUUUAUACUAUUUUUUUGUUUCACUGCUUCGUUUACGAAUAAAAUGGUACAUAGAAGUGGUUCAACACAUCAGUAUGAGGAACUAUUUGCAAAUGAGGAAUCAAAUUCAAAAGCAAAAGAUGAUUUACAAAUUGCCGAAUCGUUUAAAACGAUCAGUAACAGCAGCGGCAGCAGCAGCAGCAACAGUACUAGUAUUGCAACAAAUCAAUCCGAAGAGAUUGAACCGAAGCGCUCGUUACGCACAUCGAAGCGUUUGUCUUCAAUAAAUCCGGAUGUGAUGACACCGCCGAAAUCAUGUGAAAUCAGCAGUAGCAGCAAUAGUAAAACAUCAACCGAUACUCUGAUGACAUUUGCUACAAAUAUUGCCGUGAAACCGAAGUCAAUACGAAAUCGUCGUUAUACGAUAAAUGAUUGUGUUCGACCCAUGAAUGAGAAAAGUAUAUCGGUGCCAUUUGCAGACCAAAAAAAGUUUAAAAAUUCAUCAUCGACCAUAGACGAACUAUUCACAAACACACGAACGAAAAUUGGUGGUGGUGGUGGUGGAGGUCGAAAAUGUUUGGAUGAUUUUAAUCUGAAAAAGGAUCAUUUUAGUUGUAGUGUUUCAUUGGAACGAUUAACUGGUAUUGUGGAUACGAUUUCCACGCGUUCAUUAUCAAACGGUGGCAGCAGCAGCAGUGGCAGCGGUAGUUAUGGUGGUGAUAGAGAUGAUAUGGCAGCAGCAAAUAAAGUGUUCUGUAUGUACUGUGAUCGUACAUUUUCGAGUAAUAAAUUGUACGGAAAACAUGUUGAACGUGUGCAUCAAAGCAAAUCAGGCCGACGCAUAAGUGCAAGAACGACAAACAAUGCGCCGGCAACAAAUUAUCCCGGUUGCUCUUAUUGUAAUGUUGGAAAAGUUACCUGCUUAGAAAGUGACGAAUUAACGCAACUUGUUUAUCAUUUAUGCCUGCAGCAUGGUGAUAAAUAUUUUGCUUGCGAAAAAUGUAUGAUUCGGUUUCAAACGCGCGAGCUUCAACAGAAACAUGCUAGUGCUUUACAUGGAAACAACGAUGCCAAAAUGAAGAAAGAAUCACAAAGAAAAACAGCGAGAAAUGUGCAAUCAAUGACCAGUACUUCAUCAUCGUCAUCAACAUCAACAAUAACAUCGGCUGCUAUAGUUACCCCACUCACAAUUCAAGUGGAUUUUGAUUCAAAUGAAGUGGCCGAUCAGUCAAGUCUUCGAAAUCGAUUGCGUCGAUCAACUGAUCUCAAAGCCAAAUCUGAACGUUCGACACGACGUCAAUUUCUGUCAAGCGAAGAGACAUUUUUGUCACGUCUGGGCAUUGGAUUGAAUCGAUCGCCGCGUUCACGUAAAGGUGCAAAAAAUCGACGCGGUUGUUCAUCGGAACUAUUUGAAUCGACACGUUCAACGCGUAGCAAUAAAAAUACAAAACUAACGAUUCCAAGUAACCAUGACACCAGCGAAUCAUCAUCAUCAUCAUCAAAGCAAACGAACAAUAAAAUUGAACCAAUCGUUCCUGCCUUUGACGAAGACUUUUACGAGUCGGUCAAUCAAAAUGUUAAACAAAAUUUGAGCUGUCAUCUCGAUGGUAAAUUGGACAGUGGUCCAAUGUCGCCAAGUCCAUUGAGCCCAGUGGCCAGUGUUCCCACCGUUCGAAGUAUUCUAGUCAAAAGUCCGGUCGUUACCGAGUCGGAAAUUCAUGAAGCAACCACAAUAUCAGCAUUUACUGCCUUUCCCACGCUAUUAACAGCCCAACAACAUGGCGGCGAAUCUCUUAACCCGGGCAAAAUGAAAAAGCCAAUCACAAAAAAUUCAUGGAAAUGGAAAUGGGACUGUGUGAAAAAAUACAAGUAUGUUAAUGAAGGUGGUAAAAUUGUAAAGAAAAUAAAACAAUCGACAUGUGGUAUGCGUGAUUUAUCAACGCUUGAUAUGUGGACACAAUUAACGAUGCGUAUGCGACACGAGGUCGUCACUCGACACGAACAUGAAAUAUCUGGCGAAGAUAGUGUUAUGGGUGUUGGUGAAGCGGCCCGCGAAGAAAAGCGAAAACUUAUCGAACAACUCAAUAAAAUUCUGGACACUCGAAUCGUACCGAAGAUUAAUGUUGAACAAAGUGACCAAUCCAUCAUAAAGCUAGAGGUAAUCGAUGAUCCUCGUUGCAGCGAAAUAAAUUCAACAAAUGCAUUAGCAUUGCAUUCUUCAAUCGCUGAUUAUCAACGUGACCCCGAAUUUCCAGCGCUUAUGAAUUUGAUAAAACGUGAACGCACUGAUAAUUUACAAUCAGCCGUCAUACUGAGCGGUGAAUGGGCUCGACCGCGUUGCUACAUUUGUUUUGGAUGUGGUUCUCUAUUUUCAACCGUACGUACACUUGAAGAGCAUAAAGCAUCAAAACAUCCGUAUGUUCAUUCAACUCAUUAUGAAAUUGUUGGCAAAGAAUUGAUCGACGGAAAUCUAUUCCGUAAUUUUUAUAUUCCAUCGCUGGCACUGCAACAACGCAAUGAAUACCAUAAAAAGCAAUUCUUUAAUAGUAUUUGCAAUACCGCCGAAGAUUCAAUGGACAGCAUCACAUCGUGUUCAAUGAGUUUGACCAAAAGUGAUUCAUUCGAUAUGGAUUCAAAUUCACGUAAUUCCAAAGUCAGUGUGUCGUCGGUUGCGUCCGCAUCGGAUCGUUCGUAUUCAGCAUCGGCCGAUGAUGAAAAUGCAAACAGUUCGUCGGAACGGACAUUGACCAUAACUAAAACAUGCUCGAAAUGCCAACGUCAGUGUAAAGGAACUUUGGAUUUGUAUCGUCACAUGUUGGAUUGUUCGAGUGAUUAUGCUUGGAUUUUGGCAAAGAAGAGAAACAACAUAAAAUAUCGAUAUUUCGGUACGAAACGACGACGUCAGCAACGAUCGAGUUCGCAAAGUGCCCGCAAAAUUCCACGACCGAAAAAAGAACGACGCAACAGCGACACGAGCGCUUCACAAAAAUCAAAAGAACCAUCAACACCCAGACAACGACCAAGUGAUGCCGAAUCAAUUCAGCGAAUGCUAGCCAAUUUGCCGGCAAAGCGAGCCGUGCGACAAAUCUUCCCGAAUCUGACACCGAAACCAAACAACAAAAAUAAAAAACUUUUGCCAAAUGCAUUGAAUCGCAAGAAAAUCCUGCUAAAACAAAAAUCAAAGGGUAAUUCACGUGGUUUCAAGGUGGUUUCAACAAGCAGCACAACCAUCAAUUCCGUUGGAACAAAUUUAGCUUUAAGAAAGCGGCGUAGCGUUGAAACAGCUAAUUCAAUUGUACGACGAACACGAUCAUCGUUGAAUGCAGCAGCCACGACUACCGCAAAUGCAAAAACAAAUGAAUCAAGUGGUCGCAAAUCAACUACAACAGCAGCAGCAACAACAACCACCAUGAUCAUCACGAAAUCACCAGCCCCAUCAACAUCAUCAUCAUCGGCAUCAUCAUCGUCAUCGGCAUCGUCAAGUAGCAAGAAUCAACCAGUCAAUGAAAUGGCAAAAAGUAAAAAAUUGAAAUUGAACAAUGAUCUCGGCAGCAUGUUUCGUCGUCGAACAAAAGCUGUAGUCACAAAAUUAACAAAUACCUUUCGACGCGGACAAAAACAACGUCUAUUGCGCACAACAACAACAAAAACAACACAUCAUUCACCAAACACAUCGAAAAACACUAAUAGCGCUAAGUUAGAUAAAAAUAAAUUAAAAACGAAAAGCAAAAAGACAUUUUUACGAACGUUAUCUUUUCGUCGCUCCAAUCGAAACGCCACCAAAAUGGAUAAAAAAGCUGAAAAAAAUGACAAACCAAAUGAUGAAACUGGAAUGAACCAAUCAUCGUCAUCGUCAUCAGCGGCACCAGUUACAUCAGACAGUGAAAAAAAACCGUCAGAAAGUAGUAGUGAUGAUGGUGAGAGUAAAAAGUCAGAAGAAAAUGUCGUCACCACCAUCGAACAGAAUAGAGUGCAAGAAAACGAGAAAGAUAUUGAAGCAAGUGCGAAGACAUCGGAUACAGUGUCUGAAGCGUCUGCGAUGCCCGAAACUCCACGUCUUAGACGCAAGCGUUCAAUCAAAACGAUAAUCAAUGAAAUGCGUGCCAAAUGUCAAAAUCAAACGAACGCCGCCACUCCACCCGAUUCGGUUCUCACCGAUGAAAUUUCAAACGAAAAGAAACAACAAUCAACUGAUACGACAGAAGAUGAGACCAAAAAACAAACCGAACCAACGUCACAAGUGUUGGAAAAAAUUGAAGAGGCCGUACCACAAGUCGAAAUGCAGAAAACCUCUUCAACGCCGGUAAACAUACCGCUAACAGUUUCAAUUCAACCGUUAGAUGAACCGUUGAAUUUAUGCAUUUCACCACAGAAAAAUCUGUAUGCAGCCCAUUCAACAAAAGAAAUCGAUGAAAAGACAUCUGGAAAUAGUACACUUCAACCUCCCGAACCUCAUUUAGAUAAUAUUUCACCACGUCGUCGCACUCGGAAAUUGAACGAUUGCAUUGCAAUGUUAACGGGAAAACUUCAAGAAAAACUUGGCGUUCCAUUCAUCGAUGAAUCGUCGGCAUUAUUGCCGAUUCUAAGCCCAGGCAGUGAAAAAUCACAAUCAAAACCAGUGACCGAUGAACAAAACAAAGCAGAAAAACAAGACACUGCAGCUACAGAGAAAACUACUCCAAGUGAAGAGGCAACUAAACUACUACAAGUUGAGGAAAUUCCAAUUGAACCACCGACUGAAACUACGAAUAAAUCGGUCGAUUUAAAAGUAACGGUUGAAAAACAACCAGAAACAGAUGUUUCCGAAAGUGAAAAGAGCACCGCAAUUUGCGAUCCGUGCAAAGAUAGUGUCGUUAAUGUUUCUAUCAAAGAAACCGAACCGCAAAAAUUGGAGGUAAUUCAAAGCAAUGUGGAAACAAUUGAAGUCGUCCCAUCACCCGCCGAUGAUUUGAAAAAGCGUCGAAACCGAAAAACAAGGGAGACUUCACAAAUUUUAACAAAAGACUCGAAUGAAGUUGAUACUCAAUCUACGAUUGAAAAACAAGAGCCAACUCCAUCUGAGCCAAAAGAAAUGCCAGUUGAAAAUCCAAUUGAAAAAAUAGCAGAACCGGUUUCAGCCACAAAAUCCACCGAUAAUGACACAAAGCCGUUGAGCGGAAGUGAAGAAGUAAAAUCUGAUGAAAAAUGUCCGGAAAUUGUGCAAAAUGCACUGGAUGAAAGUGUAAUUCAAACAAAGAAAAACCAACAAUCAAAAACAAAGGCCCGCAAACGAAAAUUGGAUAGCCCAAAACCAGACACUCCGAAACCAAGGGGAGACGACAAUAAUAAAAUUGAUAGUAGUAAAGAGGCUGAAAUUAAGUCACAAAUUGAUGUUAUUUCGAAUGAGGCGACGGAAGAAGUUUUGGAUGUUGUAAAGCAAAAACUCACACCAAAAUCGAAGAAAAAAUCAACCAAACAAAACAAGACAACCGAAGAAAAAGCAGCAGCUAAUGUUGAACAACCACCAAGAACCGAAGAAGUAAACGUUGAAGCAGUGAGUGUGCCGACAAAUGAAGCCAAAUCGAAUCCAACUGAAAGUGAAGCAAUUGAUAUUGAGGAUGAAAUCAAAACGAAUAUAAUUCCGAUUGAGCAUCGCAUCACGGACACGAAACAACCGAAAAAAGAGAUUUCACCGAAGAAAAGUGCUGCUAAAGUGAAGCCAACUAAAAGCGAAGAAUCGAAAGAAAAAAUGACAUCAACACCAAUCGAAAAAGUCACCGUCAAAUUGAAUCGUACAACGCGCAGUGCAAAGCAGCCAAUCGAAGAUGUGAAAGUUUUAGAAACUCCGUCACCACCAGAAAAGAAAAAAUCACCAGCAAAAGUGGUAAAGUCAAAAGAAAACACUACUACUGCCACUGCUGCUGCUUCAAGCGCUUCAAAAAAGAAAACACCAUCAAAAGAGACGAAAAAUUCAACGGAAGUGGAAGAAGAUGUUGUAAUUGAAUCGCUUUCGGCAACAGAAAGUAGCACAGAGAGUAAACUAGUUGAACCAAACAAUGAGAAGUCAAUAAAUGAAAAACAUGAAAAUGAAAAAAUUCAAAAAGAAAAGUCAUCAAAAUUGGCCGCAAAAGAGCCACAAAAUAAAAAGUCCAAAAGUAAAUUGUCGUCGAUGAAUAAAGUUGACAAAAAAGUGGAUGACGAAAAUAACAAGCCAUUGCCUGAAGUUAUUGUAAACAGUCAAGAAUCUAGUGAAUUGAAAAUGAAACAAGGCGAUGACGAAACGGUUGUAAUAUCCGAUGACAUAAUAGAGUCAAAACCAGAACUUCAACCCACCGUGGUCGAAACAGUUGAAAAGCCCAAAUUGACAAAGAAACAAAGUGAAAAAUUGACUACAAAGACUGAUAAGAAUAGUAAGAAAAAGACGAAAAAAGUGAAAAAUGGUGAAAAGAAUGUGAAAACUAUUAAGAUACCUGCACAGCAGGACACGAUGAGCUUUGACAAUAGCGAUGAUGAACUUUUGCCAUGGGAUCCGGAAAAAGGUUUCAUUCAAACGACCGACGUGUUGGCUGUUGCUGAAAAUCUCGUUGAAAAAUCUAUAACACCCCCUCUAAUUGCUGCACCCGAAACGCCUGUUGAGCAGGAAAACGAAAUGGAUACAGUAAAAAUGGUGCCCAAACCAAAAAAGAAACGAAAAAGUGAAUUGGCUCAAAUUAUUGCCGAUCAAUUGCUCGAAAGUUUCAAAGAAGUCGAUCAAUCGCGUGUGGAUGAAUUGAAAAAGAUCCAAGAUCUGUCAUUGUCACAAAGUGAAGCCGAAUUAAUUUCGACCAGCCUAUCAACAACACCCAUUCCAAAACGUAAAUCGAAAAAACUAUUCGAAAACAUUGAACCGAAAAAGAGUGAAAAACAGUCGUCAAAGUCCAAAUCGGAUGUGCGUAAAAAAUCCAAUUCAAAAGAGAGUGAUGAAAAAGAAGCGUCCGCACUGGAUUCAAGUUCAAUGGAAGAGAGUAGCCAGCAUCAAGUUGAAACUAAAUCUGAAAAGGAAAUUAUGCAAUCAGCGAGCAAAGCGAAAAAAGAGAAAAAAUCAUCAAAGAAAAAAUCGUCGAAAAAAGAUGCAAAAAAGAAAAAUAACAAUGAAACCAAUGCCAUCAUUGUUACGGAUUCGACGAAAUCGGAAAGCGUUGCGAGUAAAAUUGUGAACGAUUUAACGGACACUCCUUUAAACGAUGAUAUCAACAAAAAGAGUUUCAUUGCAUCAUCGACAUCGAAUAUAAACAGUAACAUUGCCGUUGAUAAAGUAUUGGAAAAGAGUUUACUCAGCGAAUCGACAGCAGAAAAGUCACAAAGUGCCCCUACCUCGUCGGUGACCAGCGAUACCAUGAGCUCGGACAGCAGUGAAAAAUCAAAAACAAAUUCAAUAUUCACCGAAGUUCUUUUAAGCCAAAAGAAAGAACGUUUAAAUGACAUCAUUGGUUUGGCUGACAAAGAGGCACUGUCCCGUGUGCCGUCAAUCAAAAAUGUGGUUUUCCCACAAUGGCAAAGUGGCAUCGAUAAACCAACAUUGAAUGUCCAAGUCGAUAAAGAUAAAAUAUUAUUGGCAAACGACAGUAAAUUGAAUUUCUGGGGUCGCACCAGUCCAACAGUGAGCACAAGUGACAAAAGUGGAAAACAGAAACAAAAAAUGUUUGGCGUCGUUAAAAAUCGGGCCAAAAAUCUAUUUGCACGAAUUUCAAAGAAAAAACUGAAAAAAUCAAUCAAAACAUCGAUUCGAUCUUCAUCUUCAUCGUCAUCGUCGUCUUCGUGUUCGAAUAGUUCAAUAAAUGCACCGAAAAAACCAUUGCUUCGACCGAGUAUUUUAUCUUUCCGUGAAACACUUGCUGUGAAAGUUCCAUCUGAGGCAUCACCACCAACACCACCACAACCACCGAAAAUACUACCAACACAACAGCAACAGCAACAGCCAACCAAGGCUGCAAUGAAUGAUAUCUUCGAUUCGCUGCGUAACGAACAGCCACCAUUAAAAAUUAUUUUAGCACAAAAACUUGAAACGCAACGUCACAAUAAUAAAACGAAAAAAGAGAAGAAUAAACAUAAAUCGGUUGACACAAAUCCAAAAUCGCCGAUUGAAUCCGAUAUGAAUAUUGCCAAAAUUGCGAUUGCAUUAGAAAAAUCAAAUCGUAAGGAAUUGCACAAUCAGGUAUCACAGAAUUUGAAUAGCGCAUUCGUGGUCGAUGAAACGGCACCAUCUGCAGUGGCAACAACAUCAGAAACGAAGGCGGUAAAAAAAUCAAUAGCAACAAAAGCUGCAAAAAAAUCAAUAGCAGCAACAAUCGUUGCGACAACAGAACAUUCAACAACACCGUCUUCACUUUUACCAUCGCUGCAAAAUGAUGAUUCACAAGAUACAAUUAUUUCACAAAUUGUGAGUAAAAUUCGUGAAAAGGCCGAUCGAACCGAUUCCGAUGAAGAAUUGUGUCUUGCUGAUGUUGCCAAAGGUUUGCCAAAGAAACCAGACAAUUGCGGUUUCUCUACAUCGCCAUUAAAUGAUCUGUCCGAAGCAGCUGUUCAAAGUGAUAUAAGUGCCUUAGUUUCAAACAUAAACAAAAAUUUGGAGGAAAGUGCUAAAAAUGAACGUAACGAGAAUAUUGUUGAAUUGAAUGCAAAGGAAUUGAGCCACGUUAACAAUAUUGACGAUGAUGACGAUAAUAAUGAUUCGGACGAUGAAAAUACCAACACCGAAUUGAUCGAUAUGGAUCUGGAGGAUAAUGAAAGUGUGUAUACAACAUUUUCACAAUCAACUUCAAUAACAAGUGGCGGUGGCAAAAAGAAGCGCCGAAAGAAAUCGAUUUUGUCAUCGAGCCGAAAAUCGAAAAAGAGCAAAGAACGACGUCUAUUUGCAUCUCCAACGGUAUCGUUUUUCUGUGACAUUUGUAAUAAAUCAUUCCGCAAUCAAAACGGUUUGAAUAAUCACAAGGCAACGAUAACACACAUUUCAAAAUUGUCCGAACAAGAAUUUUUGAGCGCAACAAAAGAAAAACAAAAUGAAAACAAAGUCACAAAUGAGGAGCAACAAAGCGGUGGUGUGGUGACAAAAGAGGAAAAAAUUAAAUUGCCAAAAGAGGAGAAAGCGAUAAACAGUGAAAAGAAUGUCAUAGCUGAGAGUAUUGUUCCACCGGUUAAAAUUAUCGUACCAUCCGAAACACAUGAAAACAUUCAAUCGUCAGUGAUUCGAAGUUCACCGGUUAAAACAAACAGUACAAAUUGCUCGCCAUAUGUAUCACCGAAUCACAUAAAUCCAAGUUGCAUUGAACCGAUCUCAUCACCUGAGCAAGCAUCACGUUUCAAUGGAACACCGAAAAAUAGUUUAACACCCACAUCGACAUUGAAUUCACGUUUAACGCUUAGCCAAGAAGAGCGACUAUUUUACGAAUGUUGUAGCAUGCUUAAAGGAUCGGAUCGACCAACCGUUGGCUUAAAUAUGCCACCCGAAGUCAUUACAAAACCAGUAACACCAAAAUGUAAUGAACAAUCAUCGAAUAUUGCACACGCCGCACAAUCGCCACGAUCUCAUUCAAGUCCACGGCCCGGUCUUCCAAAAUUAGAUAUCAAUCAAUUCAGUGAUAUUUCAUCGGAUUCAAAUCCAGCAUAUUCGUGUCCACAAGUACCGAGCUCAUCGAAAACACACAAAGUAUUUUCACUGGAACGUUCAACGCCAUCGAAACCAAUUGGUGGCCGUGAAAAAGAUGCCAACCUAUUUGGCGCACGUCAAUCAAAUGAAAAUACAGAUGUCGCAUCAGUCAGUGGCAAAGUGGCACGAUCCAGCAGCAGUUCAAGCUAUCCGCAUAGUUCAACAAUCGUACGAAACUAUCCAGAUUCAUAUUCGGAUAUGGGCGAUAGUUUUCCAUCGUCGCAGGAUGCAAGCGAAAGUGAAAAUUAUGCACAAACCAUUCUGGAGCGGUCAAAUCAUUUUCCCGAAACAGCCACCAAACAUUCACACAAUACACCGCAAAAAGGUGAAGGAAGUCAUUAUAUGCAAGCAUCACUACCACACGAAAAUGUUGAUUUUAGAUCAUUUUCAAACAGAUCACAUUUGGAUUCACCACUUCAUUCGACAUCAUCGCAAAGUUCAUCGUUAUCACGUCCACGUACGAAAGCCGCGCUCAAAGGUUACGAAAAUCUUAAAGUGUCCAUUCCAACAUCUGGCCUAGAUUUGCAGCAUGCUCUUGAUCGCAGCCCCAAUUCGAAUGGAUGUAAAUUGGCCGCAUUGGCUGAUAUCGCUCUUGGCAAUGACGUUCCAUUCGAUUUGAUUGAACCACGUGCAUCGACAGCUGGUGAAAAAUCAAAAAACAUGAAAUCACCACAAAAAUCAAACGCCUCGUCCAAGAGCCCUACGUCGAAGCAGUCAUCCGGCUUAUUUGUGGUCACAUCUGAUUCGGCAAAACUACAUUCGAUCGAAUUGAAAACAAAGUCAUUUGAAGCAUCGUUCCAUGUAUCGCCAAGAACACGAAAACGAGCCCAAUCGAUUGGUAAAAAAACUGGUUACAAAGAUCGUAAAAAAAAGUGUCGCACAUCGAGUAAAGUAAAAUCAUCACCGAAAAUAGUGGACACCACUAAACCAAAAGACGUGUAUGACUUUGAAGAGUCACACGAUUCGGUGGAAGAUGAAAUCAUACCGAUGACACACACUCGACUAAACAAAACCGAACUACGCUCAACACCGAUUGACUCGCCAUCGAAGAGCUCAAGGGAAACACCGAAAAAGCAAAGUGACGACCAAGAAGACGAGUCAAGCUACUCGGAUCGUGAUGAUUACUACAAUUUCAAUUCGGUCAGUGGCAGUGGAACGGAAGAUCAAGAAAAUCCCAUUGAUGAAGAUGAAAAUAGUGAUCGUGAAACGACGCAAUCAUCAAAAAGCACCAAACCACCGAAUAAUUCACAAAAGAAAUGCUUAAUCAUGGGUCGAAUUUUCAAAAACGCAAAGAAAAACAGUGAAACUUCAACAGCAACGUCGACAACGACAGCGGCAACAUUGACAGCGACCCCAUCGACUGAGCCCAAAGAAAAGCCAUCCGUUCAAAAGCCAAUUCCAAAGAAUGAGCUCGAUGAAAUUUUCGAUAAUUUGAAAAAUAAAAGUCCCGCCAGAGCCAGUACUCGUGCAAAAACGCCAAAAGUUGAAGAAAUCAAAACCGAAAAGAAAACCGAUAAUUUAAUCGAUGGCCAAUUGGAAUCGCUUGAACAAUCGCAACGUGCUGUAGGCAAAUCACGUAAAUCAUGCAAAUCACGUGAAGUGGCCAAUUUGGAAGCCGAAUGGGGCAUGUCCGUCGAACAAAUAAAGGGCAUUAUCGGUGUUGGAAUGCGCAAAGCACAACGCAGAUGCACAGCAAAUCGCCAAAAUAAACUGGUCGAAACAUGGAGUUCGGAUGAAUAUGAAGAAUUUCACACAACAAAAGAUAUUAUCGCAUUGAUUCAAGAAGCUGAAAUGAAAGCACAGCGUGCCAAAGCCAGAUCACAAAAACAAAAUGCCGAAGCAAAAGCAACAGUAGCAGCAGCAUCAGCGUCAGCAUCUGUGACAGUUGAAAAGGAAGAAAAUCAAAAUGUGACUGAACAAAAAGCGACAAAACCAUCGUCCGAUUCAAAAAAAGAUAAAUCAAAAGAAACGAAUCGAAAAGUGAAAAUUGAAACGAAUCCAAGCGACAAUAAUGAAUUGAGUGAGAUCGACGAGGAUGAGGAUAAGAAAGAAAUGGCUCAAAAAUCAAAGGCAAAGAAAACACCGUCGGAAAAAUUCCAAUCGGAAGAUGAAAGCGAUUUCGAUGAACACUGGAAUAAGAAAGCGAAACGAGCCAAAAUUCGUAAUCGACGUCGUACAAUAAUGUCACGCGAAGAUUUGGUCGAAAAAAAAUCAUCGAAAAUAAAAUCAAAAGAAAAAUUGGUGAAAAAAUCGACACAAAAAACCAAGACCCAACAUGCCAGCGAAAAGAGAAAAUCAAUCAAAGACACCGAAAAUGCAACAUCAACACAAAAAUCAAGUGGCAAAUCAACAAAAGAGGGUAAACCAAUGCCACGACGAAAGCGAAUCGCAUCUGAGAUGCUUUACUAUUGGUCGUCGUCAAGUGAUGAAGAAUUCGGUCGAAUCGAAGCGGACAGUGAAAAUGAGGACGAACACAACAAUGAAAAUCAUCUGGAGCAACAUGGUUGGAUUGUUGGCGAUUCACAUAAAAAAUUGGUCACACUAUUAGCACAUGCAAAGCAUAAAAAAAUCGAAGACUGUGGCGUUAAAGAAAGUGUCCAUAAGCGAAAAUAAACGAUCGAUUGAGAGCGAAAAAGUAGACAAUGUUGUCGCGAAUAAGUCGUGGACAACCAACAAAAAUGACAAAUUUAACAAUUUUUUUUGUAAGAUAUUGUAAUACCCUCCCAAAUAAUCUUUAAAUGAAUAACUCUAUAUACGUUUUAAAAAUCGUAUAUUUGCAAGUACACAUACAUUCAUUUCAAACUUUUUUUUUGUUUUGAUAAUUUAUGUCUCUAUACCGUGUAUUUAAAAGAGAGAAAAAAAAGAAGUAAAAAAAUAUCCAAUUUUUUUUUGUGUAAAUCGUAAGAUGUUUUAUCAACAUGAAUAUAUUAUAUGUAUGAUGGCUAACAUGUACUGUCAUCUUCUGCAGCAUUUAUUCCUAAUUCUAUUUCCAUUUAUCCUAAUUGUUUUGUCAAGAUAUUAAAUGUGUGUGUGUGAGAGUAACUGUGUGAAUUAUACGGCGCAUCAAUGUGAACUCAAGCUACUACGCUUUUAAAUGUAGAUCAAGCCUGAAAUGAUCUUGCAUAAAAUUGUGUUCUUCUUCUUAUUAUUAUUAUUGAUAUUAAGACGAUUGCACUGACGACGACAACAAGUUUUUUUUUUUAAAUGGAAAGAAAAUGCUGCAGAAAUCACAAAUGAUCAUACAGAUUAAAUUUACGGAGUUUGGAGCGACAUAUGGCAGUGGUUUAAAUUGAAAAUGCUUUUUCAAAACGAUGAUUUUAUCUCAACCACAUAUUCUUGCUUAAUAAUGUGCAUAAAUUGAAUUUAGAAAAACAAAAAUUGAAAAAAAAA